AGUGGGGAACAUCCAACAAUUAACCACGUUCUAGAAAAUUGGACCAUUUUUCGUGUGAUACAGAAAAAUAUAAAAGACAUCUAAACUGAAAAAUUAGCUAAGGCCCAGAGGAGAGAGUAGUUGAGCUUAGCAGAAAAACAGCCCCGAAAAUUUUCGAUCUGGAGGAAGCAAUUUUUAAUCAGUUAGAUCGUUCAAAAUGGUAGCAACCAAGCAUCGAAUUGCGUCCCGUUUCGAUAAGUCGGACAAUUUAGACGAUUGGAUCCGUAAGAUUAAGAACAAAAAAUUCAUCGUCAAGCGUGAAACUCGUGGACAGGAUUUGCGAGUGCUGGCGAUGCUCACCGGAGCACUCAGCCAUGCAGAAGAAUGCCAACGGCGUGAAAAAGUUCGCAAGCAAGAAGAUCGGGCCAUUAAAUGGGCUCGGAUUCGAUCCCGGUUAGCCGAACCCCCGCGGAUGUACUGUGACCUGGAGGAUGAGGAAGACGAAAAGGCCCGCGAUGCGUCCCAAGCCAUCUGGAAUGAAGAAUUUAACGGAAUCAAUAAUUUCAUAACGGAACUGAGCAGUAUCAAGACCCCUCUUAGCCGAUAGAUAAAGGGGCAUCCCGUGCAAUCUUGGAAUUUUCCCAAAUACUUCCCAGCUUAAUUCGAUUUGGAUUAGGGAAAUGGAACACUCGAUCUCAAUACAGGAAUCCUAAAAAAGUGCAAUACUUCGGGAAGGUUCCGCUCGAAUUUGGUGCAAAAUCUCGAUUUUCUUCCAUCCGCUUCCCGAAAUACUUGGAAAAGUUGUGGAAACCCAACAAUGAAAAAAAACUAGAGUCGACCGCCAUUUUGAAAUUGAAAAUUUUCAUCACGUUCGCUCGGGCCUCAUUCACACACUCGCUUAUUGCACAGAUGAUGAUGAAUCGAAGUGGGGACGACGAGCGGACGGUAAACGAUGGCGUCAAUGCCAUUCGUGUUUGCUCGGCAACCUGUACUCUUCUAGAGCUAGGUGUCGCCAGUCGUAGCACUAUCGUUUUUGCUCUGUAUGAGCGCGUGUGUGUGUGAGUAGGUAAGUUUGUGAGUUUGCGCACCACACUUCGAAGUCGGUUUUGUUUGCCUGUUCGUGAACUUUUCAUUCCCGAAUACGCCAGCAGCAGCGAAUCGUAUUCGCCGUGUGGACGCGACAACUUUAAACAACAAUACCGCAGGCUUCGAUGCGAGUGCAAUGUUUUCAUUUUGCCUUGAGUUCUCCCCCUCUACCCGUUUUGUAUAAAAAUCAAAAGUUAACGGCAUGACUGUACGAUGAUGAUGAAACCGUUGUUGCUAGUGGUGGUUGUGGUGGUCGAAAAUUACGCGAUUGCACGCAGCCUUAUGAUGCGACGCCAUUGUGAGCGGACCUGACGAGUCUUCCCCCCGUUAGGCUUAGCCUUCGUUUGAGAAUCGAAUUUUUCCUUGGCUUUUGGAGCCGGAACUUCCGGCUUCGGAGCGUGAACUGAAUAACCGUACAAUUAUAUUUAUAUUUUAGUUUUUGCAUUGAGAAGAAAACGAGAGAAGAGAGAACAGAAACAGUCAAAGGCUGAAACAGAAAAUGAAAUAUUGUGAUGAAAUCAAUUUAGAUAGAUUUGUUUUUGUAAUCUUUCGUCUUGUCCGCAUUGCAGUAAUUUUUUUUUUUCAUUCGGUAGAGAGUCGCGGAAAUGAGUGACUCACCGCAGGAACUGUUGGUUGUUUAGGUUUAAAGCUCGAAAAUUCCAAUGACGCCAUUGUAAGCUAACGAGAUCGGUCAUUCAAGUACAAGGCCAAGACACAAAUAGUGAUGGCACACGAGAUUCCAAAUAACAAUUGCAAGACAAUUUUUCGCUAGAAAAUUAGCAUAUAGUUAGGAAGACAGGAAUUUUUGUAAAAUUGUAAUACAGAUGAAAGGAAAUCAAAACAAAAUCUCAAAAACCUUUAUAUAUUAUAUACAACAAUAUAAUUGUCAACAAUAAAUGUCAACUGUGUGAAUUAACAACGUUUUCCAU